AUAUCAACUUGGUUACUCCCAAACUACACAGCAAAUAGUACCACAACAGGUGUAAAUCCAAGCAAGUGCCACUAGCUGUUUGGAAACAUGGAAAAUAACUGCACUGACUGUACUCUUACAGGAAAAAUGAAGCGUAACUCUCAUCAAAGGUGAUUAUAAAUCGUCUGUGAUUUUGUCCUCUUACUGAGUUUUCAUGUUCAUGUUAAGGAGAAAGUUAAAUGGAGAUCCUUACCAGUUCAUGAUAUACCAUAGGAAGACCAAAAGCUAGAUCCCCUCAUGAGCUAUCUACUAGAGAGUGUUCCUAACCAAAUGCUACACCAAAGGGAAUUGAAGUAUGUGAAAAGAGUUGGGAAAACUAUAGAUCAACAGGUGGAACAUGUUAUUGUACCACUCUGUGAUAAAACAUAUGGUUAUAAUGAUACAGUUCGAGCAGAAUCUGGUAUGGAAAGUUGUUGUCACUCACUGGGAUUGGCAUUGAAGAAAGGAGGAAAGAAGAAAGUUGGAGAGACGAAGAGGCGGCGAGAGAGCACAGGAGUUUGUGUGCAAGCUCAUGGCGGCCAUGUUGCUCGGCUCAUAGGGCGAAAGGAGCGCCACAACAAGGUGUCUACCUCUAGAGGUCCAAGAGAUCGGCGAGUUAGACUGUCAGCUUACACUGCUAUACAGUUUUAUGAUGUCCAAGAUCGGCUUGGUUAUGAUCGACCAAGUAAAGCUGUUGAUUGGCUUAUUGAAAAGGCGAAAGCUGCCAUUGCAUCCCUUGAGGACCUGCCUGGCCAAAACUAUGAAUUGGCUGAUCCUGAUAACUCUGUAACACAGACAGAGCAAGGAGUGAGUCAAAAGAAAAUAAGUCAGCUUCAGCACUGCCAAGGUUGUAAUUUGGAAGCUCAGCAGCCUCUGAAUGAGAUCACCAUGAGCAAUGAAGUCAUUUUCUCAAUGGCUGCUGGUGCAACAUCAUGUUCAAGCCAAUUACAGGCCCCAGAUUUUGAUCUCCACCAGUUGAGUCCCAUUGAUUUUGGUGAAGAACUCAAUCCUCCUACAAAUUUAUCAGACUUGAGUACCAUUGUCAUGGAUUUGAAUUCUUGUUCAUUCAAUGGAGAAGAAGAGUUUAUCUUCAGCUCAUUGCCUGCAAUACUGCAGCAGCAACCACUUCUCUGCGAAAACCAGUUUUCUGCUCAGCGGGGACCCCUUCAGUCCAGACUUUCCUCUGGUGGUUUUGUUGGGAUUUAACUUCAAGUGCCAUUAUGAAGAGCAGAAGCACAAUGCUGUCUGAGAACAUGUAAUCCAUCCAAGUGUUGUUUUUUUCUUUCUAAUUUUGGUGAUGAAAAUCACCUUGCAAUUAAUUUCUUCUAAGUGGAUAGAAAAUCAGCCUUGUUUUUAUCAACUCUUCUAUUGUAUUUGAUUGUUUCUGUUUGGCUUUUA